AAACAACAGACCACUCACCUGUCAGGUCCUAAUGAGUAAACAACAGACUACUCACCUGUCAGGUCCUAACGAGUAAACAACAGACCAGGUCCCACUGUUUUGUAAGUAACAUUCUCACCUACCAACUACUGGAGCUGACCACUUUGAGCUGAGUGUGUUCCUCAUGUUACAUCACACUAACUCCUGACGCUGCAGACAUACGAUAUCUUUACUGUUGAACUUUAACUUUUCUUUUCCGUGUAUGAAAAGCUGCCGUUAAAAAUUAGCAUUUUGUAAAUGGUUUCAUAUUGGGAUGUAGCAAAGUGCAGAUACUCGUCUAUCCUCAGCAUUCACACACAGCUGAACACUGUGUGUGUGUGUGUGUGUGUGUGUGUGUGUGUGCAUGUGUGCGUGUGUGUGCGCGCGUGCGUGUGUGUGUGAGGGGGCGGUGGUGAUUCAGAAGUCAGAUUUCUCACAGGAACAGUCACUUCAGUAGAAGCAGAAGCACAUUGCAGUUGGCCGGCGAAGGAAGAUUGUGUUUUUAUUUCUCUUUGGUAUCCGAAAAGUAUACAACCGCCGAUAUUGGAUAUUUUAUUUUCACCUCGUCACAAUGUCCAGAGUUGCCAAUCUGUCGAAGCUGCGCCAAGAGAGGAUGAGGGACAUCAACCUGCGGAAUAAAGAGAGAGAGCGCAUGAGGGAGCGAGAGAAGGCGGCGAGGGAGAGGGAGGCCCAUUAUAGCAAUGGUCAUCUGUUCACGUCAUUGACGGUUUCAGCCACCACGCUCUGCUCAGCAUGCAACAAGAGCAUCACGGCCAAGGAGGCGCUCAGCUGCCCCACUUGUAAUGUCACUAUCCACAACCGCUGUCGAGACACUUUGCCAAACUGCACCAAAAUGAAACAGAGGCAGCAGAAGAUGGCCCAAGUAAGGAAUAACUCAGCCGUACAUAAUGUCACGCUGCGUACGAAAACUCCAGGAAUGCGCGAGCGUCCCAGUUCAGCCACUUACCCGUCUGACAGCUUCCGGCAGACACUGUUGGGAUCCCGCCGCGGACGCUCAAACCUUUCCCUGUCCAAGAGCGUCUCCACCAACAACAUUGCAGGGAACCUGACUGACAACUCCCCCCUCGGGCUGCGUCGGAUCCUUUCCCAGUCGACAGACUCGCUCAGCUUCAGGACCAGAGCUAUGUCAGUGGAGUCUCUCAAUGAUGACGGAGAAUUCUACUACAAUGCACUGCUGGAGGAUCUGGAGCUGGAGAGCCAGGACUUUAAGGCUGACUCAUGGAGCAUGGCGGUGGAGAGCAGCUACCUGCAGACACACCGCAAAAACGUCAUCAAGAGGCAGGAUGUCAUCUAUGAGCUGAUUCAGACAGAGCUGCACCACAUGCGAACGCUGCAUAUAAUGGAGAGGGUGUUCCGGCAAGGCAUGCUGGAGGAGCUUCAGCUGGACCUGUGCACCGUGUAUGCCAUGUUCCCCUGCCUGGACCAGCUGACCAGGAUACACUCCCAUUUCCUGGAAAAGCUUCUCCUGCGGCGCAACAGCAGUCUGCAGUCCGGGUCCAGCCGCAACUUCACCAUUCACCAGCUGGGGGACAUGCUACUGGAGCAGUUCUCAGGCCAGUGUGCAGACGAGAUGCGAAAGACCUACGCUGAGUUCUGCAGCCGCCACUUGAAGGCUGUCAAAUUGUACAAGGAACUGCUGGCCAGAGACAAGAAGUUCCAGUGCUUCAUACGGCGGUUGAGUCGCGGACCCCUGCUACGUUGCCAUGGUGUUCAGGAGUGCAUCUUGUUGGUGACUCAGCGAAUCUCCAAAUAUCCUGUCCUUGUUCAGCGCAUUUUGGACAAUACCAGCGAUGAUGAUGAAGAAGAAGCCUCCUCUUUGGCCCAGGCUCUCUCCAUGGUCAGAGAACUUCUUAGUUCAAUAGACCAACAGAUGGAAGACCUGGAGAGAGCACAGCGUCUGCAAGAGAUCCAGACCAAACUGGACCCCCGGGCUGAGGCCAAGGUGAGAUAUGGUGGCCUGUUCAAGCCUGGAGAGCUGUACCGCCGGAGACUGGUCCAUGAUGGGACCCUCUUCUGGAAAACCCCAGGAUCCCGACUCAAAGAUACACAGGUCUUAUUGAUGACAGACAUCCUGGUGUUUCUGCAGGAGAAAGACCAGAGAUACAUCUUUCCAUGUGUGGACAAGUCCCCAAUACUUUCCCUUCAGAACCUGAUCGUGAGGGAUAUAGCCAAUCAGGAACGAGGCAUGUUCCUCAUCAGUGACUCCUCUCCUCCGGAGAUGUAUGAGUUCCAUGCUGCCUCCAAGGAGGACAAGAACAUCUGGAUACGCCACAUCCAGAGCACCGUCAGCAAGUGCCCUUCACGCGAGGAGUUCCCCCUCAUAGAGACUGAGCACAAGGCCCAUCUUAGGAGACUCAAAGCGGAGCUCCACCAGAAGGACCGUGAGAUGCUGGAGCUCCUGCAGGAGCGGGUCACUCUGUUCUGUGAGCUGGUGGAAGUGACCAGCGGGCAGGAGGCGCUGCAGCCGGCCAUCACGCGCUACCUGUUCAGGGCCGACACGCCUCAGGCCCCCCGAGCAGAGAAGCUGCUCCUGGACGCCACAGCGGAGGUUGACAGGUUGAGUGAGCUCCUCCUCGGCUCCAGAGUGGACAUCCCUCUACCGAGCCAUCACAACCACAUGGAGGCGGUAGAACCCAGUGAGUCACUGAGACUCCCACAGGCAGCGUCACUCAGCAUCACCGUGGCAACAUGUGAUCAGGAUCUGUUGAUCAAUGGAGCCCGUGAUGUGUUGACAUCGAAGGAUUUCAUGAGGAGUCACGAGAAGUCACUGCCUUCACAGAUCUAUCAGCGGCUGGUGAACGUCAGUGUUUACCUCCACGCCCUCCAGGGCGCUGUCAUCAAACAAGACUCCAUCCUGGAGCUGCUGCUGCUGCAGCCUCAGGACAAAGGAGCCGCGUGGCGCCCCCUGUGGCAGCGGGAGGCCAAUGCAGGGUCGAGCCUCGGGGAGCUGGUUCUCCUGCAGAGACAGCACAGCCUGCUGCAGGAGGAGCUGCUGAGGCUCAGGGACGCCGAGAGCAGGUUCAAGGACAGCGAGAGGGCCCGGGCCAAGCUGGAGAGGCACCUGAAGGUAUCGCAGCAGCUCGCGGAGCCGGCCGCUCACCCUGCUGCUCUGCAACCAGGAAGGGAGGCCCGUACCGGAGCGGACCCCCUGUGGGCCAGCCAGGAGCCGGCCCACCAAUCAGACGGCCUCCAGGACAGCAGUGAUUUGGAGGUAGACAUGACGUCAGAUGAUGACGAUGGGACGGCGUCUGAAAGCUCCAAGGACCUUCAAGAUAUUCCCGAGGAGAUCUGAUGCUCGCCAUGUGUCACAGUGCUAACGAGCUCCUCGCAGUAGUGGACUAUGAUAGAAAAUGUCUCUUAUUUUAAUUUCCUGCUUUGCUUUACGCUAGAUGGUUUGUGACGCUGGGUUGUUUUUAAAAAUGUUCAGUUAUGCUUUGAAAUUGUUUGAUUCAUUCCCAGCACUGGCAUUGUUUUCAUGAGCAUUUUUAAUCUUCAAACAUGUUUAUGUUGUGGAAAAAUAACUGAAAUAAAAUGAAUGUCGAACAGGGUUCAUGCUACACAAAGAAAAAACUACGUUCAUGUUCAAUGGUCAGGUUCUUGUGACGGGGUGAGGCUCAGGUGCAGAGAGACAGGCUGGACGCAAUAUAAAUAACAAAAAAAGCAAAACAGUUUACAAAAAAACAAGGUCCAAAAGGGGCAGGCAGAGAAUCCAGGUUCGGGGCAGGCAGGGUCAACAGGCAGAACCAGGAACACGGCCAGGACGACGGGAACAGGACACGGAAUUAGAGACGACAAUCCAACCACAGACAAGCCAAAGACUGACACAAUAUAUAGGGGGGGGAAACAGGUGUACGACAUCAGACACUAACGAGACAAGAGUGGCUGAGGGCAGGUGCAGGGAAUUAAACAAUUAAGACAGAGAAGACACAGAGGAGACACGGAACAUAGGAGACACGGAACACAGGAGAAACAGAACAGGGUGUUACAAAUGCUGCCAGGCAACAAUACAUAACCAUUAUAAAUACAUAACCACAAACAUGCAAUACAUCUUCCCUGCAAUAACUGCUACUUUUACAAUGUGUAUCUUAUGAUGGUUUGUCUUUGUCAGAUCUUAAAGUACAAGUUGUUUUUUAUUUCUAUAAAUAAGGUCCGAGUCACUCGUGGAACUUGUUAGCAUGCGGAGGUGUUGCGUCACCGCGGCCUGAUUACAGCUCAUCGUGUCACAAUGUGGAGGAAAUAGAAACACAUCAUGUUUCACCGCCUCCCUCCAAAGAUGAGCGGCUGGAAGCUGCUCUGAUCCAUAUGUUCAUAAUCACUAUGAAGUGAUAGGCCCAAACAGGUGAUGAUGAGUCACCAGCGGACACUGGAGCUCUUCGUAGUUCCUCAGUUACGUCGCCGGUCAUUUCAGUCGCGUUUUUAAACAGAACGAAAAUGCCAUCAAACCGUUCAUUUAGUUUAGUAAAACAUUAUGAGUUGGCUCAAAAUGAUUGCGCGAUUAAAGUUACGGAUGUAAAUACAUUUUAAAAAGUCAAACGUUUACGUUUGGUUUUGCACAGGGGCCCAAAGUGUCCCCGUGUGGACUAGAAUGUUCCCAUAGAAAUGUGUAAUUCAAAAUGAAUGUAUUGAUAAUUCAGCAGCUGUAUAAUUAAGGGCAACAUUAAAAUGAUGUAAUUCUAAGCUAACAGAAAAAAGACUUCAUAGCCAGGAAGCUGUACUUCUGUAAAUCAAGUCCUCUGAUGACUACACCAUCCCCUCCAAGAAGUCCUCCUGACUAAUGAUGGUGUAAAGCAGUCGCUUAUGAUUCAUCUAUGAUUCUGCUGUAUGAUCUGCUAACUUUAAGCUUCCUCCCUAAAAUGUUUCACACCUGAUGUCUAGAGAAUUCACUUUAAUAACUCUGUGUGGAUUAUAACUGCUGUGGGUUGAGGUUUACCAGAGUCCACUUUAAUACUGUCAGAGGCGGAUUCAUAUUUUAAAUGCAUUUAUAUGAAAAAAUGUAGAAUAACAAUGGAUUCAUAAGUCCAGCAUUUCACAAACUUUAACUCUUUAAUGUCUGCAUAGAUGUCAGUCCUAAAACCUGGACAGAUGGAUUAUGUAUUUACAAACAUAGCAAAUGAGAACUUUACAUUUAAUGAUUUAAAAUAGUCUGCUUGGCUUGGUUGUUUUGCAUGUUUUCCAACCUAAAUUUUCUUUUCUUAUUAAAUAGCUCUAAAAAAAAGAUAGCUUUUAGCUUUACUGUAUCUUUAUUCUGAAGAGUUUUGAUUGGCUGUUAGAACUAGCUGAUAGCAGUCUGCUAACACAAAGAAUGAAAAACAGGUCAAAUCAACUCUGUAAAGCUUUCCAGUGGAUUUUAUAUGUGAACGUGGUUUGAUCAACAUUCUGAGUUUUGAAUUGUUUCUGUGGCUGCAAAAUGAUUGUGAACUUAUAGCGAAUGUUGUGACUUUUCUGCCACAUGUAUUUCAGGCGUCAGUCUCUCUUAGACGUGAGAACAAUAUUAGAUGUCAGAUACUGUUCAAAGCCGACAAUGUAAUGGAUUAUGACAUCAUCGGAUGCUUUAUUUGAUGGUGAAACCUUAAACAAGGGCUGCGCUUACUUUUGCACCACAACCUUUUGUCUUUCAUGUGUUACCACAUGAACACAAUAAAAUCAUGUCAUACAAAAUGUAA